AUGGUUUUUUGCAUGCUGACUUGUCUAGGUUACUAUUACCUUGUCGAUGCCGGUUAUCCGAAUAGUGGAGGAUUUCUUGCGCCUUUUAAAGGUCAACGUUAUCAUUUAAAGGAAUGGGGGCAAGGUCGUUUAGAACCAAGGACAGCUGAAGAACUAUUCAAUAUGAAACAUUGUAGGGCUAGGAAUGUGAUUGAACGCGUUUUUGGAUUGUUGAAAAUGAGAUGGGCAAUACUUCGGAGUCCUUCAUGGUAUCCAGUAAACAUACAUUGUCGUUUUAUCAUGGAUUGUUGUUUGAUCCACAACCUUAUUAGGAGAGAAAUGCCUAUGGAUGAAUUUCUACCAGAAGAUAAUUAUCAAGAUGGACCAGUUAAUUUGGUUUCUCCUCAAGAAAGUCGAAUGAUAGAAUUUGUUGAUUCCUCAGAUUAUUGGGUUGUUCAGAGGAAAGAGUUAGCUGAUCAAAUGUGGGAAAGAUGGACUGCACGUAGACGUAGACGCGUAGUUAGUUAA